AAAACCCUAAACCCUUUCUCAGUUUUCAUUUGCCUCCACAAAAACCUAAAGCAUCUGUGUCUCCCAAAAUACCAAAACCCUGCGUAAUGAAAAAGCCCAAAUCCAAAAACCUCCGCAAGCAGAGCCGCCUAUCAGAAGUCGAAGAAAUCCAGCUCCUGACCUCAUGGAUCCAAUCCGGAAAACCCGACUCGGGUUCCAACCCCAUGUCGCUGCCUCCACUGCCCCCGAACUCGCCCGUCGGCCGAAUCGACGACGCUUCUUUUUCUCGUUACGCUGGUGCCACGAGGUUCGACCAGCUACCGAUUUCGAAGAACACUAGAGAUGGUUUGCGCAAGGCUGGGUACGUCGAGAUGACCGAUAUCCAGAGGGCUUCUCUGCCGCAUGCACUCUGCGAGAGGGAUAUUCUUGGCGCGGCCAAAACCGGGUCAGGAAAGACUCUGGCUUUUGUUAUUCCGGUUUUGGAGAAGUUAUAUAAAGAGAGAUGGGGUCCUGAGGAUGGGGUAGGCAGCAUCAUUAUUUCUCCUACACGGGAAUUAGCAGGUCAACUUUUUGACGUGUUGCAAUCUGUAGGGAAGCACCAUAAUUUUAGUGCUGGCCUCCUAAUUGGUGGACGCAAGGAUGUUAACACAGAGAAGGAGCGUGUAAAUGAGCUGAACGUAUUGGUUUGCACUCCUGGUCGUCUUCUUCAGCACAUGGAUGAGACUCCAAACUUUGAAUGUUCCCAGCUUCAGGUUUUGGUCCUUGAUGAGGCAGAUCGAAUUCUUGACGUAGGAUUCAAGAAGGCUUUAAAUGCUAUUGUCUCGCAGCUACCUAAGAGCAGACAAACAUUGUUAUUCUCGGCAACUCAAACGAAGUCAGUUCAGGAUCUUGCAAGACUGAGUUUGAAGGACCCAGAGUAUCUGAGCGUGCAUGAGGAGUCUGUGACUGCUACUCCCAACCGCCUGCAGCAAACUGCAAUGGUUGUUCCACUUGAAGAAAAGCUAGACAUGUUGUGGAGUUUCAUAAAGGCACAUCUUAAUUCAAAGAUCCUAGUGUUUCUUUCAAGCUGUAAACAGGUAAAAUUCGUCUUUGAAGCUUUCAAGAAACUGCGCCCUGGAAUACCCUUAAAGUGUCUUCAUGGGAGGAUGAAGCAGGAAAGAAGGAUGGGGAUAUACUCCCAGUUUUGUGAGAAGCGCUCAGUGCUCUUUUCAACUGAUGUGGCCUCAAGAGGCCUUGAUUUUAAUAAGGCAGUUGACUGGGUUGUCCAGGCUGAUUGUCCAGAAGAUGUUGCAACUUACAUACACAGAGUUGGUCGCACUGCUCGUUAUCAUUCUGGAGGGAGGUCUGUUUUAUUUCUGUUGCCCUCAGAAAUGAAAAUGCUUGAGAAAUUACAAGCAGCCAAAGUACCCAUACAGUUUAUUAAGGCAAACAAAAAAAGAGUACAACCUGUUUCUGGCUUGUUGUCUGCACUACUAGUCAAGUACCCAGAUUUGCAGUAUUCGGCACAAAGGGCCUUUGUGACAUAUUUGCGGUCUAUUCAUAUUCAGAAAGAUAAAGAAAUUUUUGAUGCGAUGAAACUGCCUAUUGAUGAAUUUUCAGCAUCAUUGGGUCUACCAAUGACUCCAAAAAUCCGUUUCUUGAAGCAGAAAAUAAAGUCAACAAAAGUUUCAGGGAACUCUGCUGUUGUUGAAAUAGAAAACUCUGACAAGGAGCAUGUUCUGGAGAUUCCAAAAGAGAAGCUAGAUAUUGGCCAUAUAGAUGUUGAGGAAGUAAACAAGGACUUUCUCCUGACGAAGGACACACCCAACAAGGAAGAAGGGAAAACAAGUGAAAUUGGAGAUGUUAGGCCUAUGACACGGAUUUCAAAGAAAAAGAAAUUGAAGAUUAAUGUACAUAGACCAACGGGUACUAGGGUCGUAUUUGAUGAAGAAGGCAAUGCACUAGCCCCGCUUGCCAGGGUGGCUGAAGCACAAAGCGGCAAUGAUGCAUUCCUGAUUGACCAAGGAAAAAAGAAUGAAUAUUAUAACAAGAUGAGGGAAGAGUUGAAGCUGGUGGACAAAGAAGACAAGCUCCUAGAGCGCCAGCGCCUUAGAGAAAAACGGAUUAAGGAGAAGAUGAAGUUGAAAAGAGGACAUUCGGAAGACGAGGCUGAUGAGGAAGAACUUCCUGGGUCAGAAGAUGAAGCAACUGGAAGCAGACCCCAUAAAAAGUCGAAGAUAUACUAUGAUAGUGAUAGCGAUGGUGAGAAAAAAGAAAAGAAGGAUUCCAUGUCACUGGAGGAGCAAGAAGCAUUGGCUCUUAAAUUAUUAAACUCCAUGCACUCAUAGGAUCUCCUACGAGUUUAAGCUGUAAGAGGUUUUGGUGGAAAUAGAAUGUCGGGGCUUUUUUGUUAAUUAGGGGCAAUGAUAUUCUUUUUUAAAAACUGCUAUAAAUACAAAGAGAUUACACAAUAUAAAUUCACAAACUGAUGUAUCAUUAUAGAAUUCGUUAGAUUUACUUUAUAAUAAAAGUAAAUUUAUAAUCUAACGUACAAUAUUAAGUCGCAUCAGUUUGUAGGUUUA